CCCAAGUUAAUUCGCAUAAUUCGCUCAAUUACGACGGAGAGGAAGGGCAAAGUUCAGUUAUCGCAUAAUGAAAUCGUUAAGCGACGCUGGGUACAUCGAUCACGUGGUACGUACAUGUGCGCAAAUGUAUGUGGCGCGAUGUAUCGCGCGAGACGCGAAUAUCGCGAUCUGUCAUGUCACACCGUCAACCGUCACACAAACGAACCGACGCAGCAACAAACUUCGAGCAGAAACUACAAAUCUCGCGUGUCGAUUGGUUUUGCGAACGUCGCGCGAGACUCGAGGUCCGAAGAUGGAACGAAACUUGGUGAAAACAUUGGAUGACACGCACGACAAGGAAGGAAUCAUUGGCUGUAUUUUGGCUGAUCACGCUGGCCUCUGUCUUGGAGUCAAGGGCGAUGCAUCGAGCGACAGUGCUGGAUUGAUAGCGGCCAUAGCGGAUCUAGUUGCAAAAUUGGAACCGAAAUCUGGAUCACCAAUUAUAUCUCUUCAAAAUGAUAAUAAAAACUUGCUUGAAUUUCAGGCAGUGUAUUAUACUUCGUAAGGAACCUGUAGUUGGUGCUAUAUAUAAAGACAUAUCGAUUUGAAGUAAUCACUGUUGUACAAGUGUGGCUGAAACUUAUAAUAUUUAUAUCCAAAAUGCAAUCUUUUUUUACAAAAAACAUUUAAGUAUUAAAUAUAU